AUGGAUCUAUCGGCUUUACCCCCGGAGCUCAUGCUCAUGGUGACAUCUUACCUAACCCAUCCGGAUCUCAAAUUAUUUUCUCAAACUUCGAAAUUCUGUCGGUCGAUAUGUCUUCCUGCACUUUUUCAUGGUGUUUACAUCGAUACAACUACCCCUGCCGCCUUUGCGCCGGGGGGAAGCUUGUAUCACGUUCGAUCACAUGUUAAGCACAUAUCCCUCGAUGCUGCGCAACGUAUAUCGUUCGCUGGGUGUACCCAAGAAGUUGAAAGAACUGUGGACUAUUUACGAGUAUGCGCCGAGGGAUUACAACUUUUUCCAAACUUGGGGAGCUUAUUGGUCAUCGCCAGGAGUUUGGAAGGGAAAUACUUGGACGUUAAGGAGUUGAAAGGGAUUCAAAAGCAGUUAAUUUGGGCGUUGUUUUCCACGAUAUCGAGGGGUAGAGUCGAUGCAAAGGGAGGGAUUGGGAAGGGGGCGUUGGACGGAGUAGAAGAGUUGGAAUUCACCUUUAUUGACGAAGGCGGGGACUAUGAAGAGGAAACUGGCAAGGAAAUCUUGGAAUGGGGGGUCGAAUGUUUAUCUGAAGAAAAUAAGAGGUUUCUUCAGCUCGGAGAAGCUGGCGUGAGGGAUGGCGUACCGAUUCAGUUCCCGCGAGGGUUGAGGGUCAGGGAAGCCCAGCUCAACUUUUUCACCAUGGCGAAAUUCCCAUGCCCGGAUUACUUCUUCAACCCGUUCUGGACGUUACAGGGUUCGACGGAAACAUUGACAAAAUUGGCGUUAUGCGGCGAAUUCGGCACACAGAACGAAAUAACAGCAGCAAUUGGACCUGGUGGAGGUACGGCAGAGAAACCCGUACUAUUCGCAUUACCGCAGGCGGUUACAUUUCCAAAUGUUCGAGAGUUAUUCGUCACACGACAGUACAUGUAUCCUGUUUUCUUCGCGGAAAUCAGUUGGCGAUGUCCAAAUGUAGCAUUGUUGAAAGUCGUGGUGACAGAACACGAUCUUUGUCAUUUGUCGCUAGAGGCUGUGGAGGAGAUAUAUGUUGCGCUAAGGGAUAUGAAACGGUUAAGGUUCUUUAUAGUUCCUGGGCCGAAUCUGGAGCUUGAGGAAGACCUGGGGCCUCAGGAGUUGGUGGCAAUGUGGGAGAGGGCGAUGGAGGGGUGGGUUGAGUGUGGAAUGCAUGAAUUAGAACAAACUAUAUUCGUGAUGAGAUCCAUGGAACCAGACGAAGAAGGGUCGAGGAUUGGAGGAGUCAGUGUGGAAGUUAUCAGAGAGUAUAGGGAGAUGGCGAAUCAAGUUUAUUAUAGACUGCACUUUUCGAAGAUACCCCGGAUGACUUUGGAUGGGUUUUCGUGCCAGGAGUAA